UCAUCUUCACAACAAGCGUCAGUCGCCGCUGUCGCUGCCUCAGCUCCGCACUCAUGUGCACCGACACUCAACUUAUGGACAUUUGUCAGGAAUAAUACGAGUUGCCGCCUGUGACUGGACUUUGCCGAACUCAGCUGAACGUAGCGGAGAUGCGUUUUUGAUGCUUUCUGGUGCUUUUUUGGUGCUUUUUUUUAAAACGGAGUUUGCGCUUUUUGAGGAUUGUCGCUUCCUGACAGUUGGGUUUAACCGCCUGCACGUUACCCCGCUCCCUCCUCUCCUCCUUGUCUCAUUUAUCAGCGACAGGCUUCACGACACAACCAGUCAUGUCUCGUAGAAGCUCUCGUCUGGUGUCCGGUGGAUACUACAACUCCGAUGAAGAGUCCGACUCCAGUAGCGUGACGAACAUAUCCUACCGGGAAAACCCUGUCAAGGUUUUUAAGAAGAAGGCUGGAACCCGCAAGUCCCGAACACCCACCAGAGCCAGCGGCAAUGCUAAGUCUGCCACAGCUGAGACUCCUGUCACUGCAGGCCAGUACGACGAUCUGAGUCCGUCCCCCUCCAGUCAGGCCCAGCCUGUCAUGAGGACCGUACCCUACGUCCCCGCUGUGGCCACCCCUCGUCCUGCCCUGACGCCGUCGUCGUCGUCGUCAGCCCGGAGUCCGGCGACCACACACAGCCCCUCAGCACCACCGGAGAUGAGCCACCGCUCUGGGCCGUCCAGCUCCAGGCGCCCGGAUUUACACUUCAGACCCAACCACAAGGAGCUGUGUCCGAGCGGCGUGGACAGCUCAGGGUACUCGUCCUCUGAGGCCCCGUACAGGAAGUCCGUCCCCGCAAGCAGCAACGCGGGCAGAGUCCGCAGUAACAGCGGGGAUCAGAGUCCUGGAUACAGAAGCAGGAUUAGCAACGCUUUCUAUAAUGUAAUCGACUCAGCGUCACCGAUGGUCAAUGCAGCGCGUUCAAAAGUCCUUCAUCUGGCAGAUUCAGCCAAGUCGUCAUCCAGCCCUCGCAUGAAAAAAGCUUGUGGUCUCAUCCUCCUCUUCCUCAUUCUACUUCUAUGUAUUUGGUUUCUCCGUCCCCUGUUCACGUCCUUCGUCUCCUACAUGGCCACAAAGACCCCGUCACAGACCAAACCUGAGAUCCAACCCGUCAUCCCCCCCGCUCCUCCUGUUCAACACAAGACCGUGUAUCACACUCCUGUGGUGGAUCCUGCCGUCGUGUCUGCUGCUGUAGAGGCAAAGAUGCAGCAUCUUUUGGUGGAGCUUCAGCUGAAGCAAGAACUUCUUCUCUCUGAGAUGAAAGAGAGACUUCAGCUGGAUAUGCAGAACAUGAAAAACAGUCUUGAGACGGAGGACUCUGACAGACGGAUGCAUCUGGAAAAGGAGAUUGCUGGUCUGGGCAGACGGAUGGUGGAUUAUCAGACGGACAGUCGCUCUUCUGCCGACAGCCUCGUCCUCAGGAUCCAGACGCUGGAGGCGCAGAACGCUAAGCUGUCCCAGGAGUUGUCUUCCAUCCAGCUGAUCCCUCCUCCGGCUCCCUGCCCUGAACCCAGCAGCCCCCCCGUCCAGAACCAGCUCACCCCAGAGCUCCAGCAGGCCAUGGAGAAGUGGCUCAGCGCCCGCAUCCAGGAGCACGACGUGAUGCGGCUCGGAGACAAAGGAAGCUGCACAGACUGUGGACGUCCCAUGGCUGACAAAAUGGCCGACUUUGCCCUGGAGACUCAAGGUGCCAGUGUGGUGAGCACCAGGUGUUCAGAGACGUAUCGUAUUCGUUCUGCCUGCGUGACUCUGUUCGGUUUCCCUCUGUGGUAUCCGUCCGAAAGCCCACGGACUGUGAUUCAGGGCUACCCGGUGCUGCUUCCAGGGAAGUGCUGGGCCUUUCACGGUGUCCAGGGGACUCUGGUCAUCUCUCUGUCUCAUCCCGUGUGGAUAACUCACGUGACCCUCGACCACCUGCCGCGCUACAACUCCCCCACCGGACGCAUCGACUCCGCACCCAAAGACUUCGAAGUCUACGGGAUGACAAAUGACGCAGAGGAAGGAACGCUGCUGGGGACGUUCACCUACGAAGAGAGUGGAGAGUCGACGCAGACGUUCAAGCUUCCUAACCCAAGCGACGUGGCGUAUCGAUACGUGGAGCUGCGAGUUCUCAGCAACUGGGGCCACGUUGAGUACACGUGCGUUUACCGCUUCCGCGUGCAUGGAAAGAUGGCGUCGUCCACAUGAGACUCCGCCCUCACAGAGAAGGACCAGGAAGUACAUUCACAAUGGAAAAACAAAAUACAAACAUAUUAAAUCCACUCUGAUGGUCUGAGCUGCGUUCAGGGCCAAAUGCUACUGGAAAAAACAAAACAAAAAAAAAGUUCAGUGUUUACUCACGUCGACAGGUUUUGCUGUAUUUCGCUACGGCUUAGUGUUAAAAUGACGAGAACUAUGAGAGAUGUUCGUGUGGUUGCAAGUUUGACUGAAGCUUUUCUGGAAGGAAACAUUAGAGAGUUUAAGGUUCUGGCAACUUUAUGCUUUCAAUCAUUUGAGCGUGCCACAAAAUAAUCGUUGUUCGUUGCUAAAUUUUUAUGAUAUUUAUUAGGUUUUUCACUGCGCACACUGCUACCUGGGUAAAAUAAUAAUUCUUUUUUUUAUAUAUUUAUUUUUCCACUGGGCAGUUGAGUGUUGAACACCCGCUCAGUGGCAACGACAACAAGGAAGGAGAUUCUUACUCAUCGUACUGACCCACAGCUCUACAGGUGGUGAUGCUAAAUGCUAAAACAAAAGCUAAUUUCUCUCAUGCUUUGUCCAAGUUUGGGCAGUAAAUCAAAGUCAGUAUUACAUACUUUGACAGUUUAGUGUUUGUGAAGUUCUUAAACGUGUUGCCUGACGAUAGGAGCUGAACGAGCUCUUUAACUAUUCUUGACAGGACAUUGAUCAACAAGAGCCGCCGGCGAAUUUGCUAUUUUUAUGUUAAAUUUGGCGUAAUAUUCCUAUAAAAGGUAGAAUAUAAAUCUUUGCACGACGUCUUUAUUCCUCUCUUUUAUUUAGCCGUCGUUACGCUUCAGUCUUGAUUAUAUUUCUGGUACUUGAAUCCUUGAGAACCAUGUCUUCACAGACCUCAUGUCUUCAAAGACCCCAUGUUUCUUCUUCCUUGUACGUAACACUUCAUUUGUGUACGAGCUCCUUCAUUGCGAGUGAAAGGUGUUAUUUAUUUUUAAAGCUAAAGUUUUCAGAUGAUGGUCAGAUGAUUAAAUUUCACUGUACAGAAUCCGGACGGGGAAGAAAAUGGUGACACAAGUGCCGAACUUUUGUUUUUUUUAUUUGUUGUACAGUUCAUUUAAAGGAAAGAACAUAUUAUUUUUGUGAGGAAGUGCGUUGUAGAGGAUUACAGGUUUAAAAUAAAAAUAAUAAUGAAUCACAAAUGUGUUGCUACUUGCUUGUUGUCUUAAUGUAGUUCAGAUUUGGAUCAUAACAAAGCUGACGACAACCCAGGAUCAGGAAUGUGUUUUUUUUGUUUGUCUGUUUGUUUGAUAUAUCUCAAAUAAAAUGGAAGUUAAUUAAAAAUUAAAUGUUUUAUGAGAUGUACAGAGAAAACCCUGUUGUAUUCAGUGUGGAUAGAGAUCUAAGAUGUUGAAUUUAUAGUUUUUACUUUCAUCAUUUGUUUGAUUAUGAAUUAGUAUAAAUUGAAGUUACAGAUUUUCAAGUACAAAAAAGAUGCACACAGUGUCAUGUACUUUAUGUAUAUUAGAUUUGCAAAAAUAUUCUAUAAAUUCCCUUCUUGCUGGUAAAUAUCUAGAUGAGCAUCAUGACUAAUGUCUCCAACCUCCAUCAACAAAUGGUAAAUUUUGCUUAUUUUUCGCAAAGAAGAAAGAAAAAAAAUAAAAAGUUUCUUUCUCUUUGUGUUUAGUGUCAAAUACUUCCUCAGCUGUUUGAAUAUAAAAGCCUUUUUGUAAACGAAACUGAUUUGUUAAAUAAAACAUGUUAAUAUA